AAAGGGGACGCGCGGAGGAAUCGACGUGAGGCGCGUGCGAUGUGGGAGUCGUUCCCUCGCCGCCCGGUGCUCUUGCUCGAGAUUCCCCUGGCGAAAUCCCCUAUUCGCCCUCGAAAAAUCAGCAAGAAGUCGUGCCCAAAUCCCCUCCUCCCGCUACCGAUUUCGUUGCCAAUCACACAAGAACACGAGAGGAAUCACACAAGAACACGAGAGAAAUCACACAAGAACACAAGAUGAAUCACCCAAGAACACAAAGAGGAGAGGAAUCACACAAGAACACAAAGAGGAAUCACACAAGAGUCCACUGUCCCGCACCCGCUUCGUCCUCGCCGCCGUCUGUUCCCGCCGCCCUCGCCGCCCCCGCCGUCGGGAAAGGCGGAUCCAUCCGCCGCCGCGUCGAUUGAUGACGGAGCUGACUGCGGCGGCGCCGGUGGGGUCAGGAUCAGCGGCGCGGUCGACAGGGAGGAGGCCGCGCCGCGGCGGCGUGGGAGGCGAGGAGGAGGCCGCGCCGCCUCUUCUACCACACCGCCUCCGCCGUGCCUCUUCUUGGGGAGGGGAACCGUUGCGCCGGUGCCUUCCCGGGGACUCCUCCUCCUCCUCGCCGCUGCCUCGAAUCGCUCGCCGCUCCUCCUCGCGCCGACGAGCGCCGCGUCCGCCAGAUCCGCCGCCGGCCCAGCCUACCCGCUCCUCCUCACGGUGGCGGCGGCUGCUCGAGGUCUCCCUCGGCGAGGUCGCCGCGGUGGAGGCGUCCCUCGGUCGAGCCUCCGCCACCGCGCCAGCCGCCGCCGCCGGGGACGCCUCCUCGGCGCGGCUUCCCGUCGGCGUCGUGGCGAGGAAGGAGAAGGAGGCGCGGCGAGGGAUAGAGAGGGAGGGGAAGGAGGCGAGGCGGCGGCGCCGCCACCAUGACGACGAGGCGGCAACUGCUGGCGCCGUCGCCUCCCGGCGUGAGAGGAGAAGAGGCGCGGAGAGGAGAAGAGGAGUAGUACUCGAGGAUAGGAUCAGUCUCGCGCGAGAGAGGAAGGGCUGGAAGGGGUAGGUGGAGGAAAUAAAUUUUCGUUCGCUCCAUCGGUCCGGAAGCUAGGGUCACGCCCACUGUGGGCUUGGUACCAUUUACUAGUGCCUCUAUCCGAUUAAGCCGCACAUAUAUGAGUGCUUGCACUGUGGGGUGAGUGUCUUAGAACCAAUUUUUUGGACUGGGGUACGGGUCCCAUAGCUUGCACUGUGAGAGGCCUAAGUUGGAUAGCUCCGAGGUGAAGAUUUAGUUAAGAGCCCCUUCUUAAAGACUCUUAAAAGUGCUUGUUAGGGAUAAACUUAUUUCCAGUGAAUGGUCUUAGGAACCCCACUAGUUCGAAACGAGGUUAUAAAAUCCAUCAUAACUUUGGAGAAAUC